AUGAAUAACAGGAAGGAAGACAUGGAGAUCACAUCCCACUAUCGGCAGCUCCUGCGCGAGUUGAACGAGCAGCGGCAGCAUGGCAUACUGUGCGAUGUCUGCGUCAUCGUGGAGGGAAAGAUCUUCAAGGCUCACAAGAACGUGCUGCUGGGAAGCAGCCGUUACUUCAAGACGCUCUACUGCCAGGUGAAAAAAGGCACAGAGCAACAGGCCACCAUCACCCACCUGGACAUCGUCACUGCCCAAGGCUUCAAGACCAUCCUGGACUUCAUGUACUCCGCUCACCUGGCCCUCACCAGCAAGAACGUCAUCGAGGUCAUGUCGGCCGCCAGCUACCUGCAGAUGACGGACAUCGUGCAGGCGUGCCACGGUUUCAUCAAGGCGGCGCUGGACAUCAGCAUCCGCUCUGAGCUUGCUGACGAGCUGGCCGACAUUGAAAUGGGGGCCAUGGCCGCCACAGCCGGGGGCGGAGGGGGCGGAGCCUCGGAAGCCCUGGCAUCCAUGAUCUCGGGCCGCAGCUCCUCCCCGUGGUUGACCCGUCGCACCAGCCCCGCCAACUCGUCCGGCGACUCCGCCAUCGCCAGCUGCCACGAGGGCGGCAGCAAUUACGGCAAAGAGGACCACGAACCCAAGAGUCACGAGAGCCAGGAGGACAUGUGCUCGCAGGCUCUGUGGCCUGCGGACUACCGCUCCGUCCACGUCAAGGAGGAGCAGGUCUCCCCUUCCAACCUGCAGGAUGGGACUGUGAGCGGGAGAGGUCAGCAGGGCACCCCUGGGGAGCAGGGCAGCGGAGGGGAGGGGGGGUGGCAGCCUUCAGGCUCUGGCCGCAGGAAGAACCGUAAGAACAAGGACACGGUCAGGCACAUCACCCAGCAGGUGGAGGGGGACAGUCGGGCAGGCUCCCCCAUGCCCUCCAUGCUCCCCGCGUCCAGCUGGAGCUACAACAACCAGGACAUUACAGGUGCUGAUGUGAACGAGCCCAACAGCUCAGACAGCCGGGGUGAGCGGCUGGAGUUCUUUGUGAAGCAGGAGGAGGCUCUGGUCGGGGAGGGAGGCUUCCUGGGGGCAACCCUGGCCGAGAGGGAGGAGCCUGGAGCCCAGGGGCAGGGCGGUUCGGCGGCCAACCUGCGGGCGGCGCUGAUGAGCAAAAACAGCCUGCUGCCCCUGCGCGCGGAGGUGUUGGGAGACGACAGUCCCCUGCUGUUCGAAUACCUGCCCAAAGGAGGGCACUCCUUAUCUCUGAAUGACUUCACAGUGAUCAGAAAGAAGUUUAAGUGUCCGUACUGCAGUUUCUCGGCUAUGCACCAGUGUAUCCUGAAGAGACACAUGCGCUCACACACGGGCGAAAGGCCCUACCCCUGUGAGAUCUGUGGAAAAAAGUUCACCCGCAGAGAACACAUGAAGAGACACACUCUGGUACACAGUAAAGACAAGAAGUACGUGUGUAAGGUGUGCAGUCGGGUCUUCAUGUCAGCCGCCAGCGUGGGCAUCAAACAUGGUUCCCGUCGCCAUGGCGUCUGUGCGGAGUGUUCAGGCCGCGGCAUGGCAGCCCUGCUGGACCAGAAUGGCGACGGGCUAGAGGACGGCUCCCCUGAGGAAGAGCUUUACCCGGGAGAGCACCGUUACCCUGACGAUGCCGCCGACGGUGACGGAGAGGAGGAGAUGAUGGGAGAGUCGGAGCUCCUGGCGGACGGAGAGGAGGACAGCAGGAAAUGGAGGGCAGACUCAGGGAUCUCCCAGCGGGACAAGGGCGGAUUGGACAAUGACAAAGAGGAGACUGACUCCACCCAGGAGGGCGACACCCGGGUGGGAAGCGAGAAGGACUUCACCUGGAUCUCUUAGUCCACC